AUGAAGGUCUCAUUCUCCGCCAUCUUCGCCGCAGCACUCUUCUCCUCCCUCAGCUCUGCUGCUCCCACCAAGAAUGCCGCCCCAACAGUCCGCGUCCAGCUAAACGGCAUAAGCGGCGAAGACGCAAUCCAGCGCGAAGUCCCAGCCGACAACUCUCCCUUCUCUCUCGGUGCUGCUCGAGACUUCUUCAGCGCCCAGAUCGUGGAUGCCGAGGGCUUGAGACAGCCCGCCUGCCAGGUCUUCUCCGAUUUGAAGGGCCUGGUGCCAGCUAGUGAAAUUUCCGUUACCACCACCGAGACGGAGUUGUUGCUCGGAAGCAGAGGAUCUGUGCAGGUUGGGUCUUUGAGAUGCUCUCAUUUGUAG